UUUAUGUCCUUCUUUGAAAAGAUAUGAUGAUGUGGAGGCAGCACAAUUCUGCCAGAUAAAGAAUUUAACAUGAUCCUUGGUGAUGGUAAAGAUGACAGGAAAAAGUCAAAGAAGUACCACUAUGGCACAGCUUAUGAGAGAAUGACUUCACCAGGAAGAGAAGCUCUUCGUGAGCAUAUUUUAACACCCCAAGCUGACAAGAAGAAAGCAAAAAUAGUUAAAAAUCCUAAAGAGGAAGAGAAAGUUUCACCUGAGAAAGAGGCAGACAAAUCUCCCGGCUAUAGUCCUUCCUUUGUCAACAGUGAUAAUGGAUCUUUUGUUCGCAGAAAAAAUAAAAUUGAAGAUGAUGAGGAAGUCAAAUUCCCAGCUAGCUCAAGAGUUGAUAAUGACAGGGAUAAUUUUAGUAUUGACCUGAAGGAUGUAUUCGACAGAGAGACAAGAGUUCUUCCCUCAUCUAGCUCUAAAUAUGGAAUUGAUAAAUGAAUGAUCUAUCUCAGUGGGCCUAUAGGCGUUCACUUUGAGUCACCCAUCAAGAUUCCUACCGAAAAAAUUGGUGAUCCUAGCAAAGUUGCAGUCAUCAAAGUAGCAUGUGGGUGGGAUCAUUGAGUAAUAUUACUUGAAAAUGGAUCAGUAUUAGUCGGAGGAAAUAACUCACAAGGCCAGCUAAAUCUAAACCCAGCUCUAUUCCCCAAGGUGACUGAUGAGCUAUACUAUCACGAAGCUAUAAAUGAGAAAUAUGAAGUGGUUGAUGUCGGCUGUGGGUCUAAUCAUACUGUCUUUAUAGUCAGGGAAAAAGAUGAUGAACAAUCAUCGAGGAAAAUAUUCUCAUGAGGCUACCAUGGAUGCUUAGGAGUGGACUCGAUGAACGAAGAUGACUAUAGACUGCACCAAGUCUUGAUUCCAGGCUUGAUCGACUACGAUAGUAUAGAAUUUCUCAUCUGAAAGUUUAAUUCGAACGCAGUUUUGGACUUUGACAACAAUCUUUAUUACUGGGGAGAUGAAUUUGAUGGCUUUAGAAUCAGAGUCCCUGAAAAGAAAAAUUGGUUUAGCAAAAGAAUCGUAGAUCUGUCCUUCGGGUUUCGUCAUGGACUUGCUUUAUUAGAAGAUGGCUCAGUCUGCCUUCUUGAUUCUAAUGGAGUUACUAAAAUGAAAUAUACAAUCCUUGACACUGUUAAAAUUGUAAAAAUAGAAGCUGGUUGUCGCCACUCCUUAUUUUUAGAUUCUAAAGGAAUCGUUUAUGGAUUUGGUUUAACUAAAUUGAAAAAUAACAACACGGAAAGAAUUCAAGGGCCAGUAGAAUGAGAAGACUUGACAGACAUCAUUAAUGAAUCAAGCUGAAUCGAUAUAUUUGCAGGAGAUGGCCAAAGCGUAGGCAUUGAUGCUGAUGGGAUCCCAUACAGAUGGAAUGGAGUCACUGGCAAGAUAGAAGUUCUUGAAGAUUUAGGAGGAAAAUAUAUACUAGAAGUCGCACUUGCAAACCAAAACAUCGUCGCAGUAUAUAGCACUCAAAGUGGCUAAUCCCAUCACUUAAGUUUUCCCACCAAAAGUCCCAUCUUCAAAAUAU